UAUCAGAUACAUAUGUAUCAUAUUAAAAUGAAUUUGGGAAGAAUGACUGUUGUUACUGUUGUAAGUUAAUUUCAAUCAUUUCAUGUUGAAUUGUGUUCCUUUCCUUUAUUAUUAUUUUACGGUUGAUGAUUAAUCGCAAUUGGCUAUGGCGAAGAAAGAAAAAACAAUAUUAGAUCUCAAUGAGGAUGUAAUGUUUGAGAUACUUGCACACAUAACCAAUAUAAGGGAAGUUCUUCGUUUGAAGUCAGUGUGCAAAAGAUUUGAUUUCGUGGUUACCAAAUAUGUAAAUUUCUGUCCGAUCAAGAUAAUGCUUCCUCGUCAUAUUUAUUACCCGGCAGAGUUGGUAUUGCCCCGUAAGAUGGUUGAGCCUCGCUCUCAUAGGCUAGAAAUUUAUUUAAUACAAAUAUUAUCGAAUUGCAAACGUCUCAGUCAACUCAACACUGUAAUGUUCACCAAUUUUGUCUGGUGGAGCCUAUCAAAUCUUGAUGGACCGCUUCCUAGUCUAGUCAAUUUAGACGUAAGAACAUCUCAUCCAACGCUGAGCAAUUUAGCGCUGAAUACGCUUUUAAGAAAGUGCAUAAAUCUGGAAAGAUUAGGACUUUGGGAAUUUUCUCGUCUUAAUAUAAACCUCAAUUAUAUUAGCUCCACAAUAACGCAUCUUGAAAUCAAAAAUCAUAGUAGUGAUGCUGCUGUCCUUAGGAUCCUCCAAAGCAAAGGACAACAACUUAAACAUCUCAGGAUUGAAAACUCCAAGUUCAACACAGCAAAUACAUCUCGUGUGGAUAAAAUCUCCAAUGAAAAUCUUCAUCUUAUACUUGCUUACUGCCCAAAUCUUGAAUGUUUGAACUUGAUCAACUAUAUAAUGCCUGGUGAUUUAGGAUGUAUUACUGGCCUCAAAAAUUUCAAACAGAUUGUUCUCGACUCUCCAAAAUCGGACUAUCGAUUUUCUAACAGUGCAGUCAUACAAAUAUUAUUGAACAAUCCAGGUCUUACUCAUCUUACUAUCCCGAUUCCUAUUAGUGAGUUUUUGGAAUUUAUAAGAACCUGCCAAAUGUACUGUCCAACGCUACAGUAUCUUGAUUCUUUGACAAUCCAAUUAUAUGACGAAAUAACCAUGGAUGCAAUAAUGAAAAUUUGGGCUAGAUUUCUUAAUUUGUAUGAGUUGAACAAGUGUACCAAACAUAAAUUUUUAACUUCUCGAAAACAAACGAUGCCAUUUGGAAUUUGAUCUAGAAGUUCCUGAUGAUGGUCGUCAUGAUGGCACGUUCUCUAAAUUCAUCUAUACCAAAAACUCACCAGACUUGAAAACUUAUUAAAGGUUUUCAUUUUUUUUCUAUAUUUGUUGCUGGAGUGAAACUAUCUUCACGUUUUUUAUCUUAUCAAUUCUUAAUUCUCAACGAAAUCAAGAGUUGAUUCCCAUUCAUAUCUAAUGCAUUUCAAGAAAUGUUAAGUCCAUUGAUUGAGGGUAUAAAUUAUUUUGUUUAAUAAGCAAUAUAAUUGGAUGCAAACAAAAGCCAAGACAGACAUUUCCCAUCAUAUAUCACGAUCUGAUGGAGCUUCUCUUCCUUGUGAUGCCACAAAUCUUUUCAACAAGUUUGUCUGUAAAAUAAGUUUGAUUGAGAAAAAAAGAUUCAUCAGUAAAAAGUUUACCUUGUUGUAAUAAAA